UAACAAUAAUAAAAAGUAACAGAAAUUUGAUCCGAUUUGUUAGUAAAGCCAACUGCCUUCCGUUUUUAUUUUGAAGUUCGAAAUAUGAAAAACUAGUAAAAAUGGUGUUUGCAGCAAAAGGCAAAAUGGGCUUCUACACGAUUUAGAACUUAUAACCUGAUGCACAGAGAUAAUAACAAACUGAAUAACCCACCACCACACCCUUUGUUUGCUCAUACAAGAAGCUCUCUAAAAGCGAGCAUGAAAAGAGAUGUGACCGGCAAAGCCAAACAUGUUCUUGCCGUGGUUCCUUAAUUCCGAUGCCAAGACUGAUCGGUGAUUCAUUAAAAAAAAAAAAAAUGAAACCCAAAAAAAAAAAAAGUGUUUAUUGCGUAAGAGUUUUGGAGACUGAAAUAAAAGGGAGGUCUGAAAUAAAAGGGAGGUUUUUGCCCGCUUCUACCAACAGAACGAAGAAAAGUGGGACUUUUGAAGCUACGCGCAUGCGAUUUAUAGUUGGCUCACCCAGAUAAGAGGGAGAGGUUUAUUUGGUAACCAACAAUUUUGCAGAACUGCUAGCUCACACUUUCGAAGACAAAACAAUACAUAGGACAUCAACUGGGUGUAAACAAAACAAAACAAAAAAGCAAACGAAUCGAUGCCCAUUAUCAUUUACCCAUCUAAGCUUCCAUUUUUCUCCCCAACAGCUUAUCGUAGAUUCUAUCUCGCCUUUCAGUACAAGCACGUUUCUUCAUCAUCUUUAUCUUCAUCCAUUCCCGCCCCAUCUCACCAGCACAUUGCCCGUCUCAUACUAGAACAAAAGUCCGCUUCCCAAGCCCUCCAAACCUUCAGAUGGGCCUCCAAACUCCCCAACUUCAACCAUUCUUCCUCCACCUACCGAGCUUUGAUCCACAAGCUUUGCACUUUCCGUCGCUUCGAUACUAUCAACGAGGUGCUCGAUGAAAUGCCUAGCUCAAUUGGCUCUCCUCCCGAUGAGGAUAUUUUUGUCACUAUCAUCCGAGGCCUUGGUCGUGCUCACAUGGUUCGACAGGUCAUCAAAGUGCUUGACUUGGUUUCCAGGUUUGGCAGCAAACCUUCUUUGAGGAUCUUCAACUCAAUACUCAAUGUUCUUGUGAAGGAAAACAUUGACAUAGCUCGGGAAUUUUAUAGGAAAAAGAUGAUGGGAAGUGGUGUUGACGGUGAUGAUUACACUUUUGGUAUUUUAAUGAAAGGACUUUGCUUGACAAAUAGAAUUGGUGAUGGCUUUAAGCUUUUGCAAGUGAUGAAGUCCCGUGGAAUCACACCUAAUACUGUGAUUUAUAACACGUUGCUCCAUGCACUUUGCAAGAACGGAAAAGUUGGGAGAGCUAGGAGCUUGAUGAAUGAGAUAGAGGAGCCUAGUGAUGUAACUUUUAAUGUCUUAAUAUCGGGGUAUUGUGCAGAGGAGAAUUUGGUCCAAGCUCUUGUCUUGUUAGAGAAGUGCUUCAGUUCGGGGUUUGUACCUGAUGUUGUUACUGUGACUAAGGUGCUGGAACUUCUCUGCAACGUUGGCCGUGUAGCAGAAGCUGUCGAGAUAAUAGAGAGAGUGGAGAGUAGGGGAGGUACAAUUGAUGUUUUAGCUUAUAACACCUUAAUGAAGGGUUUCUGUAAAUCAGGAAAAGUGAAAGUUGGCAUUCGCAUAUUAAAGGAGAUGGAGAUUAAGGGUUGCCUUCCCAAUGUAGAUACAUACAAUGUGUUGAUCUCUGGGUUUUGCGAGGUGGGGAUGUUGGAUUCAGCUCUGGAUCUGUUUAAUGAUAUGAAAACAGAUGGGAUCAAGUGGAAUUUUGCUACAUUUGAUACAUUAAUUAGAGGUUUGUGUUCUGGAGGAAGGACAGAAGAUGGAUAUAAAAUCCUGGAACUAAUGGAAGAGAGCAUGGGUGUUGCUGGGGGUCGAAUUAAUCCUUAUAACAGUGUCAUAUACGGUCUAUAUAAGGAAAGUCGUUCAGACGACGGACUUACAUUUCUAACCAGUAUGGAGAAAUUAUUUCCUAGAGCUGUUGAUAGGAGUUUAAGAAUUUUAAAUUUGUGUAAGGAAGGCAUACUUGAGGAUGCAAAAAGGGUUUACAAUAAGAUGGUUGAAGAAGGGGGUGCUCCAAGUGUUCUUAUUUAUGACUGUCUAGUCCACAAAUUUUGUCAAGAAGGGUGUUUUUUUGAAGCCUUUGAGCUGUUGAAUGAGAUGAUUGCACACGGUUACUAUCCCAUUGCCUCAACAUAUAAUGCUCUGAUCAGUGGGUUUUGCAGGCUAGGAAGAGUUGGUAAUGCAUUGAGACUCAUGGAAGACAUGGUUGGAAGAGGCUGUCUGCCUGAUGCAGGAAGUUACAAUCCUGUUGUGGUUGCUCUUUGUCGAGAAAGGGAGUCUCAGAAGGCUAUCAGGAUCCUUUUGCAAAUGGUAGAAAGGGGUAUAAUUCCUGAUUAUUUUGCCUGGAGCUCGUUGCUUCUCUGUCUAAGUCAAGAAUCGAUAUGGUUAGAGAACAAAAGUUUGUUCUGUGUAAAUAACAUCUUACACUGCAUAAUAGAGACCUGAUUAUUUGCCAGUAGUUGUAACAUGUUGACAAAAUUAUUUUACAAGUGUACUAGAGGGGAGAUGGUGACAUAUUAUCAUAAGGCUUAGAUAUUUUUUUUUUGAUGAAUAAUAACAAGGCUUAGAUUGGUAUAGUUGUUUUGUUAAUUAUUGAGCUUUGGAUUACAGCAAAAGGCUAUGGAAAAAUGUCUUUUAGGAACUAUA